GAAAGGGUUAAUAUCAUUUCAGUGAAAUCUCUAAACUCGCCACCUGGGGGCGCUUCCCUACACAGACGGUUACCAUGGCAGCUAGUCGCCCAACAGCGGCAGCAGCAGUAGCUGAGCGAGGUGAAAAUAGUGAGAAUAACACAGCGAGGCUAGGUUGAGGUAUGAGGGCUACUCGGAAAAAGAGAUCUGCCAAGAAGAAAGACGGCAGGACCAGCAAAGCUGAGAAAAAAAGGCUACAGAAAGAGGAAGAGGAGCGGAGGAGGAAGGAGGAAGAGGAGGCUCUUCUCAUCGCUGAGCAGGAGAGGCUGGAGAGAGAGCAGAGAGAAGAAGAGGAAAGACAGAGGCAUGAGUUAAAGGAGAGAGAACGCAGGGAGGAUGAGCUUAAUGAACUGCAUUUUAAACUGGAGGAGAACCAGUCUGCAGUUAACACAUGGGAGGCUGCAUCCAGGGAGAAAGCUGAGUGGGAUCGGUACAUGCUUUGUGAUGGUACUCCAAACCCUGCUGUGCAACCGGAGAUCAAUACCUUUAUCAGUCUGUGGCAAGAUGACCCAGAGCUGCAAAUCCAGCCAAUCAUGCAACAAUGUGCUUUGGCUCUGCGGUUAACAGAUGAAUUGGACCUGUUACUGAACCCUGAGCUUGAGCCCGCUGUGAAUCAGGUCUAUUACAGCACUAUCCUCUCUCUCCAGAACCUCAUCCAUAAAAAAUACCUGCUCGCCACUGAGGAGAUACUGAAUGGGGCUAAAGCUUGUGUAGACAAUGAAACUGGAAACAUGCAGACAGUAGUGCAAGACGACAACAUCACUCUGUGCUUGUGGGCCAACCUCAACAAAAAACCCAGGUUUAAAGGCUACCACUUUACGGAUGUGGGGCUCGGCUUUGAGCUUCCCAGGCAGCUGGCCAUGAGUGAUAUCGCUGUGCGGAUCCUGCACACCAACUACGACCACCUGUCUCACCUGAGCCACCGAGCUCAAGAGGAGAAGAGGAAACUGGAAAAGGAGGAAGCGGAGAACACAGAGACCAUCAUCACCCGGCCUGAGACCCCCAGAGCUCUAGAGGAUGGAGAGAUGAAGGGCGAGGAGAACGGGAGGUCAAGUGCAGAGCAAGCAGACGAGGAGAUCCAGUCACUUAAAUCUGAAAGGAAGGAGAGCGCUGCCAGUGUUCACUCUGCUAAGAAGGAGAGAAAGAGCUCUUCACAAAGACAGAAGGAGGAGGGAGAAGGUCAGAUCGAGAUCGAGACCAUAGUGGAAGGUGUCUCGACUUCUGCAGGAGAAACAGAUGAGGCCGACUCCGCCCCCACAGUAGCCGUGCCAGUGACUGACAGCAGGGAGGAGCAUGUAGUGGAUCUGCAGAAGUACAUGUCCCUGGGCGGAGUCUUCUACUUUGAGGUGUUCCACUUACCUCCACAGUCUUAUACAGCCAGAGGCUGGGAGAUCAGACAGUUGCUGGAUACAGGACUCCAGGUGUUUCCAUACCAAUCAGAACCUGCUCAGGUGCACAGUGCUGUUUCAGGGAAGCAGGAUGAGAACAGUACACAGUCUGGAGCUGUAGGGGUCACUGUAGUCCUGCCUGAUUCUGUGAUCUUCCUGAAAGAACCACAGGUGGCCCGCUGGGACCCUAUUGGGCAGCACUGGAGAACAGACUGCAUCAUGGACACAUCAUACAGUGCUGAGACUCGCAGCGUCUCCUUCAGGAUGGAGUCUUUCUCUUCCUUCACUCUGCUUCAGGAGAUAUAUGCAAAUAUGCCAUUCCAGUCUUGGGAGCUGAGGCCACUGGGCCAGGAUUCAGUGCUGUUUACCCUCAACACAGCUCUCACUGAACUCAGCAUCACUGUCAAGGGGAACCAGUGUAUGCUGCAGAUGAAGGAGGCUCGUGAACUGGCUCAUAUUCUGGGCAAAUGGAUGAGCCUGACUGCUCUACAAACAGCCAUGAGGCGAGCUGGAGUCAACAUAUUUGUUAAUGAGUACUCGGACAAGUAUGUCACUGUCAACAAAAAGGAUCCUCUGAUUGAGCAUGCAGUGUAUGAGCAGAUGGCAUCGGUGUCCUCAACUUAUGCUUUCUCCUGGAGUCAGUGGAACACACAGUGUGGGCAGGAGCAUCUUGUCCUUCAGGUCUGUGAACAGUUAGCAGCAUCACCUGUACCUGAGGAGGCGUGGUCUCUGUAUCUGCUGGGAGCUCAGAGGAGUCAGCGAUUAAAUAUUUCAGAAAGAAGUGAAGCUUUUUCUCUGGAUCUGGCCGAGGGGACGGAGUUUCACUUCACUUUACUGCACAUGCUGAGAGACAGCAUGAGCCCCGAGGGCCGGGCCAGAAUCGACCACUCCCACUUCCUGUACACCGACACCGUGCAGAAACUGCUAUCAGCCACCCGGGUGCUCACUUUCACACGAAGAGAUGUUUACACUGCAGAUAACUAGUCCUAAGCCAUGAAAAUCUCUCAUUUUAAUGCAAUAAAUAGAUUUUUAAAUCAGUUUUUAAAUCUGAGAAACUAAUGUUUGGGUUUUCAUUAGCUGUAAGCUUCAUAAUUAAUCAACAACAAUAAAAUAAAUAAACACUUAAAAUAGA